GACAGUCGAUCCAACGUUCUGCAUCUUGCAUUCUUCACAAUUGUUGUAGCCGGAAAUUCCAUUCUCUCACUUUAGAAGCACUUCCAAAGGACAAUACAAACCAGGGCCCAGAAACCAUCAUCCGACAGUAAAGACGUCCGAAUAAUGACAAACCACUCGAAAAACUCCCGUAAGGCUUCCCGACCGACUUGUAUUCUGUCCUAGGAUAUUGAAUGUAACAUUUCAUAGAAUCCCCAUCGGAGUACUCAUUCCACCACCUCCCCCUUCCAGGGUGGUUGGGGAUGACCAAGGUCAUCGACUUCGCCAGAUCUCGGUUCGUUGAGGACCACGAGUUCGACUUUCCGAAGUUAGAAGAAGUGGUUGGUUCCGUCUUGUUCCACCAGGACAAGAAACACCUCGAAGCCUUCCUCGAGACUCGAAAGAUCAAGCAAUUUUGGUGGAUGCGUGUGGACGAGAGCAAGGAGCUCAUGCAGGUGAUCGCCCGCCGCGAGCACGACGUCAUCGUAAGGACCUUCUUUCAUUAUGCCCUAGCUAUCUCUUAACGUUUGCAUAGGUCGGGUGGGUUAGCCAUGUGGCAUUCGAGGGCCAGAACUUUACCCAACUUCUCGACAACAUCUGGGGCGGAGCAUCCCUCGACAACCACGAGAUCUGCCCUCAUCUCCAAGCUCUGGGCCUGAUGGCAUGGAUUUUAUGCUCCCUGUCCUCACAGGGCGAAUGGAACCGCCGUUGUGUGAUGGGCAACGGGAUGCCUGACGAUACUUCGGACCAGAUCCAGAAAAUUCGUCAUGCUGGGAGGCUGUG